CAAUCGCGCAACCCUUACGUAUGACUUGAACAGGCACAGCGCCACCGCCAGCGCCUAACAGAAAAUAUCUUCAGAGGGUCAAGGUUGGCAACAGUGCUCUUUCCCUUCCUCGCUUCGAACAAAAUCAAAUUCGGAGCGGCGAAGCGAAAGAUCCCCACGCAUCCCUUCCCCUUCGAUUCAGUUCAACCGCGAGGGCACUGAUCGGGAAGCUAAUGCAGCGCGAGUCGCGGGAUCUGUAGCGCCACGGGGCUUCACCGGCGGCGCGGCGGGCAUGGAGGCGCAGAACGGCGGCGGCGGCGGCGGCGGCGGGGCGCCGGUGGUGCUCAACGUCUACGACCUGACGCCCAUGAACAACUACCUCUACUGGUUCGGCCUCGGCAUCUUCCACUCCGGGAUCGAAGUUCAUGGCAUGGAGUACGGAUUUGGAGCACAUGAGUUCCCAACAAGUGGGGUAUUUGAGGUGGAACCAAAAAGCUGCCCUGGCUUCGUCUAUAGAAGGUCUGUGUGGAUGGGCACAACUAACAUGUCUAGGACAGAGUUCCGCUCGUUCAUUGAAAAUCUUGCAGGAAAGUACAAUGGCAACAUGUAUCAUUUGAUUUCAAAGAAUUGCAACCAUUUUACAGAUGAUGUCUGUAAGAAUUUGACCAGAAAGUCAAUCCCUGGUUGGGUGAAUCGGCUAGCAAGAGUAGGUUCAUUUUUCAACUGCCUCCUACCAGAAAGCAUCCAAGUUUCUACAGUCAGACAUGUCCCUACUCAUCCUGCAUUUUCUGAUGAUGAUAUGGAUUCGAUAUCUUCAUCAGUUGUCGGGGACAGUGACUUGGAAGAGUUGGACCAACACCUGCUGCCAUCAGACGUCCAUUCUAUAGAUGUAUCGCCAAAGCUAGCCAAAGAUCUUCUCUGAACUACUCCACCCUUUUGGAUUCCAUAUAGCAGUAUAACUUCAACUGCAGCAGCUGGCAUCCACGAAGUGAUUCUCCAGGUUGAUGCAGGAGUGUAGACUAAUCCUGCUGAUUGUAUUGAUUCUUUGCCACUGAGUUUGCUGUUUACACGCACAUAUACCACUCGACAGCAACGACAUGCUUUCUAAUUCUUUGCCUUUUAUGAUCUUGACCGUUGGUAUCUUGUGCUUGGAUGAUGCUGUAUGAUCGUGAUGAAUACUGUCAUUAUUUGUGGCACAAUCGAACUAGCCUGAUGUACUUAGCAGUUA